AUGGCGAGCGGGGUGGAUCGCAUCAGCGCCCUCCCGGAGGACGUCCUCCACCACGUGCUCCACUCCCUGCCGGCUCAAGAGGUGGUGCGAACGUGCGUGCUCGCCCGGCGCUGGCGCAGCGUCUGGCGGUCCGUGCCCGCCCUCCGCUUCACCGGCACCAAGGGGUGGGACAGCGCCGACAGGUUCGUCCAGUUCGUCGACCACCUGCUGCACCUGCGGUGCGCUGGCGGCGGCGACGCGCCUCUGGAUUCAUGCGAUUUUGAUUUCGAUGCCGACGGGUUCAUGCAGCUGCCCGCUAACGAGCGGCACGCGAGCCACUGGAUGUGGCAAGUGGUGCCCCGUGCCCGGGUCCUCCGGCUUGGUGUCAUCGAGUUUGACCAGGAGCCGUCGCCACUCUCUGAUCUGCAUCUGGUUUCACAGCACCUCACGAGGUUAGAGCUUGUCGGCGUCCGUGUCAACGACAGCGUCGUUGAUUUUUCAGGCUGUCCGGCAUUGGUGGAACUGCGAAUGGAUGUUUGCGAUGUUUUUGUCAAUCAGCUGGUGUCUCCAUCCUUGAAACAUCUCCACAUGGCCCGUUGCUAUACUUUUGAUCAUGCCCGCAUUCUAAUUUCUCUACCAAGCCUCGUUUCGCUCGAGUUGAUUGAAUGCCAAGGAAGGAUUCCAUUGCUUGGAAGCUUGCCGUCGUUAGCAAGAGCAGUUGUUAUACUCAACGGAAUCUGUAGUGAUCGAUGUUUAAAUGACCGGUUUGAUUGUUGUGGUAAUUGUGAUGGUUGUCGUGAUUAUUAUGGGCCUGGUUAUGACCGCGACAGCUGCAUGUUUCUCAAAGGUUUGUCAGAAGCUACAAACUUGGAGUUGUCAGCUUGUACUGAUGUGAUUGUUUUCAACAGGGAUUUGAAGUGGUGUCCUACAUUUUCCAAGUUAAAGACUUUGUUCCUCAACAACUGGUGUUUGGCUGCUGACCACAAUGCAUUGAUUUGCUUUCUCCAACACUCACCAAUUUUAGAGAAGCUUACUAUUCAACUUUCUAAGGUAUAG